UGGCAUUCCAAAACUGACAUCCGCGAGAUAAGUCUGAGCCAGUGCCGUCUCCGUCUCUUACCGUGGCGAGGCAGAUUAGGUUCAGAAUCGGCAACAAAAACGCGUCGCGAGUCUCAACAUCAAUGAGAUAAAGUUGAGCAUCAGUAUCGUGUCGAUCGCGAUGUACAAGAGAACUGACGGAAGAACUGGGAGCCAGUGUGACAUGACAGUGAAUCGAGGACCCUGAUCUGAUUAUGUGCAUAACAUAAUUAAAGCAGUGCAGUGACCCUUUCCCUCAAAUAUUGUCGCGUUCUCCUUGUGAUUAAGUUGUUAAGCUUUGAGACGAAAGUCUCAAUCACGGCAGCAAAAUUGAGCUGGAUUUGCACCAACGGGCCGCCGGCCACUUUAUGAGAGCCGGCGGCAACAUGUGCGACGGCUCCUUCACGGAAACCCUGCGUAGUAUGCAGGGCAUGACGGGAGCAUCGCCACCGGGUGGUGCCGGUGUUGGUGUCGGUCCCAUGGGGGUCGGCCUCAACAGCCCGCUCGGCCCGGGUGGCAAGAAAGUGCAAGUGGAACACAUUAAACGGCCCAUGAAUGCCUUCAUGGUCUGGUCACGGCUACAGCGACGGAAGAUUGCUCAAGAAAAUCCCAAAAUGCACAACAGCGAAAUCUCCAAACGGCUAGGCGCGGAAUGGAAACUUCUUACGGAAGACGAAAAACGCCCGUUCAUCGACCAAGCCAAGAGGUUACGAGCCCAACACAUGAAGGAACACCCAGACUACAAGUACAGACCGCGAAGGAAACCCAAGACCCUGCGGAAAGAAGGCUACCCCUACAGUAUUCCGUACCCAAGUGUUCCCAUGGACGCUCUCCGAGCCGGGAUGGCCGGUAGCAUGGGACAAGCCGGGAUGGGCACCUAUUACGGCCCUGCGGCGGCUUACGGUUCCCUCUCUGCGGCCAGCAUGGCUGCGGCCGCGGCAGCGGCUGCACAACAAUCGGCGGCCAUGUCUGGUCUCGCGGCACCUGCUCAGGUAGUGAGCUCGAUGGACGCCAUGAAGUAUUCCAUGGAAGCUGACAAGUAUCGCGCCGCCUACAUGCCACCCAGCACCCUGGCGAUGAGCAUGUACCCGGACCCCAAGUACCUGGACUCAUCCAACCCCAAGACCUAUCUGGACUCCCGGACCUACUUGGACUCGGCGAAAGCGUACUUCGAACAGUCCAAACUCUACAUGGAUCAGAAACCGGCCAUCGCUGAUUACAGCCGAUCUAGUUACGAGCCCAACAAGCUCUACGAGGAAUCCAGCCCGGGUAGCGUCGUCGGCGGAAACGGACCCGCGAGAUCACCGGCCGCCGAGUCGCCAGACACGAGCAAGCAACACGAAAGGACUGAGCAGGGCUCGUCUAGUGCAAGCUCGACAUCGACAUCGUCGGCCGCGAGUCCUGGAGCGACUCUGCCCGCUUAUUAUCCCGGACCGGUCCAGGCUGGAGGUCUACUGGGCCCGCAGAUGGGUCAGUACGGUGGAUACCAGACGGCACCGGCGCCGGGAAACGAAUCUUUUCGCCGGCCAUUGACAGUUAUCUUCUGACCCGAUAGAGCGUAGCUCUGAUCUAUCCUCGACGAGCAGCUGCUAUGACGCCUGACUCGCGGUGGCUGGAUCGCGACGACUAAAGAUGCAGAUUUCGCGAAUUUGACGAGGCGAGAUGAAGAAAUAUCAUCGAUCGCGAAAAACGUCAUCUUCUAACGAAGUCGAGAUUUUGACGUAUCUUCAAGAGGAAGAAGACGGGAUUUGGUCCCCCCUGUAUAAUCUGACACGGAUUUCAUGGAAACGAAAGUGAAAUGUUAUGUGAGAGUUAUAGAAAACUUUAUUCCCUCCUUGAAAUAAGCUAUCCUUUAUUUUACUGGAUUUUCGCCAAACUUUUCAACAAUGUCACCAUUUUCUCAUCAUAAUAACUAUCACGAAUUUUCAGAUUUGCAAUGAAAUAUUUCCUGAAGAAUACUCUCAAUUUUAGAAGAAUUCUCUGAUAAUCUUUAAAAGAUAGCAAGCAAUAUUCAAACAAAUUCAGUGCUAUUGAUAAAUGAAGAUCUUACGAACCAGUUAAAUAAACAUUGGAGAAGCUGCGAACAAGAUAGAUAGAAUCGUUCAUAAGGCGAAGAGAUAUUUAAUCUUCAGAAAAUCUUCAGGAAACGUUGUUAAUUUAAUAAUUUGACACAUUCAUCGUUUAAGACGCUCGAUCCGAAAGAAUUUUAUCGAGUGAUCAAGAAAAUUAGAUCGUUUUCCGGUUGGAUAUUAUAAUAACGCUUAGCAGCAUCGCUUUAGCAGCGAGAUUAAAAUUGACCAACUGACUAUUCCCAGAAGCAAAUACCGGAUUAGCGACGAUAACAUUGUUACGACAACGAAAACCGCGAAGGUUUCCGCUAUAUCGUUAACUGACUAGUCUUAACCGGGACGUGUUAAGAACAUAUUGUACAUAGUCCUUGUGUAAAUAGUGUAGCAAAAACUGGGCUUUACCGGAUAUCCGCACCCGAAUCCGCUUUCUUACGGUUUCCAUCCUCGCGUACGAGCUUAGUCCUCGACGAAGAAAGCAGUACAAAUGGGAUCGUGUGCAUAAAUGAUGUCCGAAACCUGUCGCGAGUGAUUUGAUCUCGAUGGAAUGAAGUAAGCAAGUCUCUUUGUUUUUCUCCUUUUUCAACUCACACAAUUGAUUACAAAGAUAUGUUCAAUCUUAAUAUAACCAAACUGAUAAAGUAUUAAACAAUCUUGAGUAAUAAAAAAAACAAAAGUUUUCAUACACAUUUUAAAUUAACGAUAAAGAGAUUGAAAGUAAAAUUUCGUCAAUGAUUUUUUAUCAAUUACUAAAUUAAUUAUUAAAAUCAAGUCAAUGUCAUCAGUUUUGUGCGUUGAAAAUUUUCAAGCCGA